GGCCAGCUGUUAGUGGUUCAUUCACCAUUUUGAGACUGUAGUGGAAAAGGGACCCAGAUCUUUUUCUCUUUUUUUCCAUCCCUGUUUGAGUUGCUCUGGGAAAAAUACAUGUUUUACGGAGGGAAAUUAAAGUGCGAGCCCGGACCACACAGUAGCAACCGCCAGCCGAGGGAUGUUACCCGCGAGCGUGCAAGCUUCCUCAUCUGCAAAAUAGGAUCGUACAUGUUUCUAUUGCCAACUGAAUUUUUCUGUUUGGUCUGAUUUUCAGAAGAACAAGGAAGGAAAAAGGGCAGUGAAAAAGAGAGCAGAAGACCAGGGGGCGAACGGAAAAGAAAGAAGAAGAAGAAACAGGGUAAAAAUAAGACGAGCCAAAGAAAGGAGAGCAACCGUCAGCACUCACCCCACAGAGUAUAAAGGCAGAAAGGAAAAGACGAGGUGAAGAGAUGAAGCCACUAAAGAGACAGAGGGGAUGCUCUCCCCCCUCCACGCGGGCCAAAGGGGGGAAGAAGAGAGGGCCGACAGAGACCCCCCCAGAGAGGGACAACAGGAACAAACUCAGGAAGGAGAACCAAGACGGACAGCCUCAAUCCACGACCCCCGCCCACUUGCUACGGAAACAAUCCAGAACCUCCUCUGACAGCUCUCAGCGGGAGCCAAUCAGAGGCAGUGAAACCCCAAAGAAGGAGGGACCUAGAGAGCAGGUGCUGCCAAGGCAACCUGAAGAUAAAGAGAAGACCGAGGACAGCAGAGGGGGGGUUGGGGGGAAACCAGGGGGGCCUAACAGCACCCCCACCUCCUCCCAUAACAACAUCCUCACCAUCCCCACCCCCACUACCAGUCCCAGCCCUACCUCCAUGUCCAGUAGGAAAACAGCCACCUUCAAGGCCAGAGUCCCCAAGAAGAAGUACAUUGCUGAACACUAUGCUGGUAGCAAUGCGCCCAGCCUCACCUUCACCCCUGCCCCCAUGCACAACAGCCACAGUAACUACAGUAGUACUAGCAGUAGUAUUAACAUCAUCAACAGCAGUAGUACUAACAGUAAUAACAGUAGUAAUACCAUUAGUAACAGUAGUAGGACCAACACUACUAUUAAUGGUAUUAACAGUGGUACUAAUAGCAUUAGUAACAGCAUUAGUAACAGCAUAAGUAACAGCAUAAGUAACAGCAUUAGUAACAGCAUUAGUAACAGCAUUAGUAACAGCAUUAGUAACAGCAUUAGUAACAGCAUUAGUAACAGCAUAAGUAACAGCAUUAGUAACAGCAUUAGUAACAGCAUUAGUAACAGCCAUAGUAGCAGCUCAGUCAGCCACUCGUUAGCCCCCAGUGUGUCCAAUGAGGAGAGGAUGGUAACCGCUAGCAGCCACAGCCAUGGCCCGGGGGAACAGGGAAUGACAGGGGCCUCCAUAGGGCCCAACAAUGGUACUGUGGCCCCCCAGGACAGAGAAAGAGACCCCCAGGGUGGUGAGACAGAGGCAGAGGGGGCCCCUAACUCAGUACGCUCCGUAUCCACGGAUACAGCCAGUGAGCACGAUCUGGAGGUGAACUCCCAGCCCAGUACCAGCCCUGCUAGAGCCCCCUACCAUGGCAGCCUGCCCCCUUACUCUGCUACUACCUCCCAGCCCGGCACCGGCCCCAACCAGAGCCACAGAAAGGGCAGUCUGUCCGGGGCGGAUGCUCUGGCCAAAGGCCUGAAGAACCAGAGAGUUCUAGCCCGCUGUCGAUGGAGAGACAGACUUAACGGAGAGCAAGGUGGGAGGGAGAGAGAGAGGGAUGGACCCCUGUCUCCUAUGUUCAGGACUGGGGUGGUGCGGCGGGUGAGUGGGGGCAGCGCUGAUAUCCAGCUGCAGGGGGAGGAGGGGAUACUCUGUUACCCCUUUCAUGGGGGGACCGCACACCCGGAGUGGGAGGAGACGAGCGUGGAGUUCAUCCUGGACGCCCCUCCACCCGGCACGGCGUCCGUGGCCAUCGGGACACGCGUAUGUGUGCCUUUCGGAGGGGGAGGGGGGCGAGAUGGGGGUGAACAGGGGACACCUCAGCUAUACAGAGAAGGGGUGCUGUCCCAGGUAGACCCCCACCCUGCCGUGUCGUUCCCCUACAGGGUGCUACUGUGUGAGGAUCUAGAGGUGCUGGAGAAUGGAGGGAGGGAGGAGGAGGGAGGGAUGGAGGAGAAGAGGAGGAGGGCGCAGGCCCAGGCUGUAUGGGUGUCCAGACAGAGCCUGAGGCUGCUGACUCCCCCCUGGGAACUGCCUCACCCAGACAGGGAGAGAGAGAGGGAGAGAGAGAGGGAGGAGAGGGAGAGGAGGGAAGAGAUGGAGGUGGAGAGGGAGGUGUGCCAGCUGAGUAUUGGGAUGGCGCUGGGUGGGCCGAUGGGAGGGGGUGAGGUUGGUGCAUAG